UUUUCAUCGGUUUCGGUUCGGAUCGUUGGUCCGGUAUUUCCCCGUCCGGUUGCGGAGCAAAAUAGGCAUACUGAAAAAGUGCCACCCUCCUCCUCCUCCUCCUCCCACUUUUGGGGCCCGAAGUGUGCCGGCACCUGGUAGUCCCCCGUUGUUGCCGGAAAGAAUGAUGGAUCUCUAAACGGUGGAAUGGGGAAAAGUUUUCGUCAGCAUCCCGCACCACCUCCACCCCGGUCCCGGAAGCUGGAGCACCGUCGUGAAUGUCACCGUGGAUUCGCGGCAGGGGGAGGCAGCACGGUGACGGUAGAAUGUGUUUAAAGCUUCAGUGAGUGUAAAAGUAGGUCUAUGCGGCAGCAGUAUCUUUCGCGUACUUUUUUUUCUCUCUUCCCGCGGCAGAAACAAUCAAUUUUCGGGAAACUUGACAAUCUGCUGUUGGAAGGCACUACGCUGGCUUGGCUUUUCCAGUGUGGGCACGGAAGCUUCAUCUGCGUUUGCUUAGCCUAAGCUGGAUGGCGGGUAGUUUUGGAAGUGUUUUUCGUGUCGGAAAUGUGUAUUGGGAUUUUUUUACUUGCUCUCUAGAGGAUACCAAACCGAAUUGACUAACAAGGAAAAAGUGAAAUCAGCCACCGGAAAGCAAGCCUAUUGACCGGAAAAUAUUGAUUAUAAUAAAGAGAUUCCCGGUCUUCACGACUGUAGUGCGUUCGUUUCUUGAUUAAAACAAAGUGCAAAAGAGUGAAAUGGUGAACAGUGCUGUGUUGAUUUGGUUUUAGUUGGAUUGACAUAUGUUUGAUAGUGGUAUAAACACUGAAAGUGAAAUUGGAAUUGUUCUUUAAAAAAUAAACAGUGAUAACAUAUUUUUCGCUGAAACAACUUUUAGGUGAUUAUGUGAUGUUCAUUAUUGACGGCCAACGUCAGAUGCUGGAGUCCGGAUAUAUGGAGGUCGUUAAAGUGCGCAAUCAAAUUCGAAGCUCAUCCAUAAACCAGUGCAGUUCGGGGAGCAGCCCGGGCAAAAUCCAGCUGCCAAAGGUUAACUCGCGUAUAUUUAUGAUAGUACACCUCCAGCAAUCAACACAGCGGCGCCGGCCGAUGGUGAAUGAAGAGAAAUGAAGGUCGUAAUGAACCCAUAAAUAACCGAGGCUAAUAAGCAGCAGAGGGGUUCGGGUUUGGAGCGAAAGAAGAAAAUAAAAAUAGGAAAAGAUUGAAGAAGAAAGUUUUUGUUGGGCUUGGGACAACAUAUCCUACCGGGGAAACGACCGUGUUAGCAAGUUUGAAAUAACAGUUCUGAGACGAGUAAUUUGAUCUUUUUUGAAAUGGAUGCAGGACACGAAGGAAAAAAAACUCUAAGCGUUAGUUCAUGAAUAGCUACUAGCUGGACGGAUCGGUACGCCGUACUUUCCGUGGAACGAUAGAUUCUAGUCGGCUUGAGCACUUGUGAGCACCCGCGGGAGGGGAGAAACAAAAGAGCUGAUUGAUUGUCGCAAAAUACCUCUCCUCUGGUAUCGUCCAUUCGCCCGUAAUUUGCACCAGACAAAUACCGUCCGAUCGAAACACGGAUAACAGCAAAUUCCGCUCAGUGUUCGAGUGUAAUGCAUCCGUUCUGGUGCAAUCGCCGUCAUCAUCUAUUCAAGAAGGAGUGGAACUGAGAGGCAGACAGUUUACUUACUCGUGUUAGAUGAGACACUGAUCAUCCGACCGAUGUCCACGCCAACCGUUAGUCGAUGAACCUAGAUUUGGCAGUUUGGACAGCAUGGUUCGCAUGGCAGGAUCUAAGUUGUUGGCAAGACUGUUGUUGCUGAUCUCUUCUGUGACGCUCAUAUCGCUGCUAGCACUAACCCGUUGCGGUCUUGGUGGUUUGAUUGCUACAGAGAAUGGCUACAUCGGUGGUGUCAACGUUGCACCCGGAAGUGCACCGGCAGUCGCAGCCGAAGAUGAAGAACUUGGCGGUAGUUCUGGCAACAGGGAAUCGGCCGCAGCGUUGUCGAGUCGAAACGAGCACGAUGAACAGCAAACGGGGUAUUUACAGAUGCUGCAGCAACGUGAAGAGGAAAACCUCAAGGAGGUUGCGAAACUUACGGCGGAGAUCAAGGCACUUAAGUUGCAGAUUUUACAGCUCAAAAACGGAGUGCAAGCCGCCGCAGCAUCAGCAUCGCAGGCUCAACAGGUUCCAUCGGGAGAGUUGAUAAAUACCAGCAAUGCGGUACUGAACUCUCCCCAAACACCAACCCUCCAUGAUUGUUCGGCCUUCAUUCGACGGCAAGUCGGAUCGGCCGAGGUCCUACAUGGUCUUCCGUUGAACAACGAAUACGAACUGAUUCCGUUCAAUCAUUUUACGUUCAGUCGAGUCUACCCCAUUGAAUUGGGUCUCGGGAAGCGAGUGGUCGAGAAACCCAUCGGCUAUAAGCGCCGGGAUAUUUUGGGUGCGUUGAACAAAGCGAUCGAAACGCUGAAUCGUAACAUUAGCACCUCUAUGCUGAAGUACACACUCGAUGACUUCACGGAGGGAAUAUACCGGAAUGAACCUACGACCGGGACUCAGUACGAGCUGUACUUCCGGACAAAGGACGGAAGUAGGAUGUCUUCCACGAGUGGACAACAUCACGAUCACGGCAACCACGGUACAACCAAGUUGAUCGUGAUGCGACCAUUUGCUCCGCUGCAGACCAUCCAAAUGGAGGCCUUUCCCAAGCAGCAGGAAAAGGAACUAAUCCAUAUCAUACUGCCGUUAUCGGGACGGACUUCCACCUUCCAGAGCUUCAUGGAUAAGUACGUGAAGAUUGCCCUGAAGCACGAUAAGCGAGUUCAUCUGACGGUGGUGUACUUCGGUGAGGAGGGUCUUUCGGAGGCUCGAUCUAUCAUGAGUCGUGUGAUCGGUAUGAAAAAUUCUGGUGGAAAUUCGUCCAACCUAAAACUGCUGGCCCUGAACGAAACGUUUUCCCGAGCAAAAGCCCUUCGAGUCGGUGCCGAGAAAGUAUGGAGCAGCAAUGUAAAUAAAGAGAAGGAUGUGCUCCUUUUCAUGUGUGAUGUAGAUAUAGUUUUUAGCGCAAAAUUCUUAGAUAGAUGUCGCUGGAACACCAAACCAAACAAGAAGGUUUAUUACCCGGUGGUGUUCAGCCUGUACAACCCGCACGUGGUUUACACACUGCAGGGCAAAGAUGUUCCUCCGGAGACGGAUCAGUUGCUGAUCUCGAAGGAUUCCGGUUUCUGGCGAGACUUCGGCUAUGGCAUGACGUGCCAGUACCGGUCCGAUUUUCUCAAGGUGCGUGGUUUCGACGAGGAGAUCAUCGGAUGGGGCGGCGAGGACGUGAUGCUGUACCGGAAGUACGUUCGAUCGCACGUCAAAGUGAUUCGGGCGACCGAUCCGGGUAUUUUCCACAUCUGGCACCCGAAGGUUUGUACGGGAGUGGCUGCCGGCCAGAAGCUCUCGGUCGAUCAGUAUCGAGCGUGCAUUCGGUCCCGGGCGCUGAAUGAGGCCUCGCAUGCCCAGCUAGGGUUUUUGGCCUUCCGGGAUGAUAUUGUAGCAAAUGAGGGUAAGAUGCUCGGGAUCAUGAAACAUAACAAUUCUACUAGGACUGGAUUUAAGACUUCCAAGAGCGGUAACGGUGUUGAAGAUGGGAAAAAAGUUACUACGAUAGAUUCUAGCAAAAAGAAUACAUGAUCUUUUAUGAUUCACCAUCAGGAAAGUAUUUGGAGGAUAGAGUUUUAGGUUAGGGGAAUUUUGUAGCGAGAAAGAAUCGGAGAUGGUAAUCCUGGUGAUUGAGCCAACAUUCAAUAAAAUUUAAGUAGACCAUGAGGUUACUUCAGAAGUACAGCCAUGCUGACGUUAAAAUGUUAGGUUUUGUAAAAUAAUAAACUAUUUGUAAAUACUA